AGAAAAAUUGUAUAUAUAGGGAAGCACACUCUGAGACCGUUGGUUGGCGUGGUAAUUCAUUUCCAUAGCGAUGGAAGCGUCGCCGCCACCAAACACCAUCCUCGGUAGGUACCAGCUCACGCGAUUCCUUGGCCGCGGCAACUUCGCCAAGGUGUACCAGGCGCGCUCACUCGUGGACGGCGCCACGGUCGCCGUGAAGGUCAUCGACAAGUCCAAGACGGUCGACGCCGCCAUGGAGCCCCGCAUCGUGCGCGAGAUCGACGCCAUGCGCCGCCUGCAGAACCAUCCAAACAUCCUCAAAAUCCACGAGGUUCUCGCCACGAAGACCAAAAUUUACCUCGUUGUCGACUACGCCGGCGGCGGCGAGCUCUUCUCCAAGCUCUCCCGGCGCGGCCGCAUCCCGGAGCCCCUGGCGCGGCGAUACUUCUCCCAACUCGUCUCUGCGCUCCUCUUCUGCCACCGCCACGGCAUCGCGCACCGCGACCUCAAGCCGCAGAACCUCCUCCUCGACGCCGCCGGCGACCUCAAGGUCUCCGACUUCGGCCUCUCCGCGCUCCCGGAGCACCUACGUGAUAACCUCCUCCACACCGCAUGCGGCACGCCGGCCUUCACCGCGCCGGAGAUCCUACGCCGCGUCGGCUACGAUGGCUCGAAGGCCGACGCUUGGUCCUGCGGUGUCAUUCUCUACAACCUUCUCGCCGGCCACCUCCCCUUUGACGACUCGAACAUUCCGGCCAUGUGCCGCAGAAUCUCCCGCCGCGACUACCAGUUCCCGGCGUGGAUCUCAAAAUCCGCGCGCAGCCUCAUCCACCAGUUGCUGGACCCCAACCCUAAAUCGCGAAUUUCGCUUGAAAGAGUUUUCGAUAACAGAUGGUUGAAGGAUAAGAAGCAUGUUUGGUGUAACGUGUUGGAGGAGAGUGUGGUGGAGUCUGAUUUAUACAACAAGUGCUGCGACGGUUACAAAUUGGGGAUGAACGCUUUUGACAUAAUAUCAAUGUCGUCGGGGUUGGACUUGCGGGGGCUGUUCGAAACGACGUCGGAGAAGGGGAGGCGGAGGGAGAAAAGGUUCAGUUCGGAGAAGAGCGUGGGAACGGUGGAGGCGAAGGUGAAGGAGGUUGCGGAGAGGUUAGGGUUUAGGGUUGAGGUUGGAAAGAACGGUGCAAUUGGGUUGGGAAAGGGGAAGGUGGGUUUGGUCGUUGAGGUGUUUGAGAUUGUGUCCGAGUUACUCCUUGUGGCUAUUAAAGUGGUGGAUGGUGCCAUGGAGUUUGACCAGCUUCAUUGGGAUGAUUGGAGACUUGGCCUUGAAGAUGUUGUUCUCUCAUGGCAUCACAAUGAGUAAUGUAAUGCUUCCAUCACCAGAGUACUCUGUAUCAUCACUGUUAUAGAGUUUAGAAUGAUGAAGUCUUGUGUACAUAAGCAGAAUCAGUAGCACAGUUUCAUCUCAUCCUUUUCUCAGUAUGUGCAUAUGAUUAACUUUUGUUAAGUUAUUUUAUAAAUAAAUCACUCUCAAUAAAAUCAUAAUUUUGUUAA